AAACGUCGAAUGCAAUCUGUCAACCCAAAGAAGAAGAAGAAGACUUUCCAAUGUAAACAAACCGUAGGCUAAUCGUGAGCAUGGCGAGAAAUAUGGACAGUCUCGUAAAGGCCCAUGGAGGUGGAGGGUAUGACUCCGACUUCAGUGAUGACGAGGGCCAGGGGGAGACGUCUCAACGUGGAGUGAAAAGGAAACGUGAGGAUGAUCUUCUGCGGAAGCCCUUUCAGAAAGGAAGACACACAAAGGUGGCACAUAGGGAUGUUGCCACUCAUGAAUAUGACAGGGAGGAAGCCAGAAACCGACGUCAUCACCUGAUAUCAAUGAAUGCUUUUGAGAGACAUAAAAAGUUUGUCAGUGACUACAUAUUGUAUUAUGGUGGGAAAGUGGAGGAUCUCAGACGCUCCACGGCCAAUGAUAAAUCGGACCUGGAUGUGGUGCGUGAAAACCAUCGCUUCCUGUGGCGGGAUGAGGAUGAAGAAGAAAUGACAUGGGAGAAAGAACUAGCAAAGAAGUACUAUGACAAGCUCUUCAAAGAGUACUGUAUCGCUGACCUAAGCAGAUAUAAAGAAAACAAGUUUGGGUUCCGAUGGCGCGUAGAAAAGGAAGUCGUCUCUGGCAAAGGCCAGUUUCUGUGUGGGAACAAGCGCUGUGAGAAGGAGGAUGGCCUGAAGAGCUGGGAGGUGAACUUUGCCUAUGUGGAGCAGGGAGAGAAGAGAAACGCACUGGUCAAACUCCGACUCUGCCCCGAGUGCUCCUUCAAACUCAACUAUCAUCACAAGAGAAAGGAGGUGAUCGCCAAGAGAAAAAGACCAAAGUCGUCUGAGGAAAAUGAAGUUGAGCCACAGUCAAAAAGAUCCAAGAAAGGCUCCAAGAAACUCAAAAACAAACAUAAAAGGAAGCACAAAGACCACUCCUCCCCCAGUAACUCUGAGGACGACUCCCAAGAGUCAGACAAAGCAGAGGGAGAACACAGUGAGGAGCCAGAUAGCCUGUCUGAGGCAGACCACUGGAAAGGCCCAGCCCCCACCAUGGAGGAGAAGUCCAGGGAGGAGAAGUUUGACGAGUACUUUGAGGACAUGUUUCUUUGACCACCUUGACCUUGGAUUUCUGACAGCAAGAGUCUGUGUCCAGACAUUGAUGUUAUUGAUUUGGUUUUAGAAGUUGUCCUCGUUGAAUAUUUGAGUUUAUCUGAAGCUAAAUAAAAUCUGUUUUUAUUUAUUUUUUACAACUGAAAUAAAGACUACAAUAUGCAUAGAGUGCCAUGUAAAACCACAAAGAACUGCCAAGAAAGAUCAAUAUCAGAAGAAAACUAUAGGAAGCAAAACAUUCAACCAUGGUAGUAGAUAAAAACCAAAUAAAAGCCAAUGCAUUGGAAAGUGCAUGUAUUAACA